CGGGCUCCUUAGAGGAGCCGGACCGGAAGUGACGCGAGCGAGUUCCGGUUGGCUGGAGCCCAGCGGCGGGUGUGAGAGUCGGUGUUGUGAGCGGCUUCCAGGAUCCUGAGAUCCGAAGAAGCCGUGGUCUGAGCGGCUCCUCCAGAGUUACUGAUCUAUGAAAUGGCAGAGAAUGGAAAAAAUUGUGACCAGAGACGUGUAGCAAUGAGUAAGGAACAGCAUAAUGGAAGUUUCACAGACCCCUCUUCAGUACAUGAGAAGAAAAGAAGGGAUCGGGAAGAAAGACAGAAUAUUGUCUUGUGGAGACAGCCGCUCAUUACCUUGCAGUAUUUCUCUCUGGAAACUCUUGUAGUUUUGAAGGAAUGGACCUCAAAAUUGUGGCAUCGUCAAAGCAUUGUGGUGUCCUUUUUACUGCUGCUUGCUGUGCUUGUAGCUACGUAUUAUGUGGAAGGAGCGCACCAACAGUAUGUGCAGCGGAUAGAGAAGCAGUUUCUUUUGUAUGCCUACUGGAUAGGCCUGGGGAUUUUGUCCUCUGUUGGUCUUGGAACAGGACUGCACACCUUUCUGCUUUAUCUGGGCCCACAUAUAGCUUCAGUUACCUUAGCUGCUUAUGAAUGCAAUUCGGUUAAUUUCCCUGAGCCACCCUAUCCUGACCAGAUUAUCUGCCCAGAUGAAGAAGGCACUGAAGGAGCCAUUUCUUUGUGGAGUAUCAUCUCAAAAGUUAGAAUUGAAGCCUGCAUGUGGGGCAUUGGGACAGCCAUUGGAGAGCUGCCUCCAUAUUUCAUGGCCAGGGCAGCUCGCCUCUCAGGUGCUGAACCAGAUGAUGAAGAGUAUCAGGAAUUUGAAGAAAUGCUGGAACAUGCAGAGGCUGCACAAGACUUUGCAUCACGGGCUAAGCUGGCAGUUCAAAAGCUAGUACAGAAAGUUGGAUUUUUCGGAAUUUUGGCCUGUGCUUCUAUUCCAAAUCCCCUGUUUGACCUGGCUGGAAUAACAUGCGGACACUUCCUUGUACCUUUUUGGACCUUCUUUGGUGCAACCCUGAUUGGAAAAGCAAUCAUUAAAAUGCAUAUCCAGAAAAUCUUUGUUAUAGUAACUUUCAGCAAGCACAUCGUGGAACAGAUGGUGGCUUUCAUUGGUGCUGUCCCCGGCAUAGGUCCGUCUCUGCAGAAGCCUUUUCAGGAAUACCUGGAGGCGCAGCGGCAGAAGCUUCAUCACAGAAGCGAAGCAGGCACAUGGCAGGGAGAAAACUGGUUAUCCUGGAUGUUUGAGAAGCUGGUUGUUGCGAUGGUGUGUUACUUUAUCCUGUCUAUCAUUAACUCCAUGGCACAAAGCUAUGCCAAACGCAUCCAGCAGCGCUUGAACUCAGAGGAGAAAACUAAAUAAGCAGACAGUUUUAGCUGCAGAAGUUAACGUGGUGGAGCCCUGCCUCACAUUGGGAGGGCUCUAACCAGGAAGGAAGGUCCCCAUUUCCAACCUGUAUUGAUUUUUAAAACAUUCUUCCUGAAAGCAGUUUAGUCCAUAUUUUACACUGAUAUACUUUUGCUUUAUUUGUUAAGGUAAGGUCUCCACCCUCAGUUCAAUCCAGGUUGUAUUCUUUAGGGUGGAUAUGAUGUUCUGCUGCAAACUUAACAAAACUGGCCUUCUGAUACUUUCACAGGGCCACAUGGUCCAACUGGAGAACCUCGGCCACACAGAACCUUCUGAAGUAUGUUAAAUAUGUCAGGCUUUUUAGGCUUGUCACAAAUGAUUGUUUUUUUCUAAGUCACCAAAUGUAUAUAAGUUAUAUAUAUUGGAUAGCAGUCUUGCAUGUCUAUCAUGGAACAAUUUAAUAUGCCUUCCUUUCCCACCCUCAAAAAGGCCAUUUUAUGAUGCAUUGCACACCCUCUGGGGAAAUUGAUCUUUAAAUUUUGAGACAGUAUAAGGAAAAUCUGGUUGGUGUCUCACAAAUGAGUACACCAUUUUUUAUUCUGUAUAUUUAGAAUGAAGUCAUGAAAAACUUUAUAAAGACAUCUUUGAUCAUUCCGAAA